CCACCUUUGACAUUUUCCAGACUGAAUAUGGAAACUAUCAUUGAUAAAGGAUGAAGUUCUUCUCGUGUUCUGUAAUUUUUCACGGCACUUUACUGUUCUGUUUCUCAGUAAAGUGAUAGAUCUAAGGAUGCUGUUGUUUUUAUAAAAUCAGUUAUGAUUAUUUGUCCACUGGUUAAGCAGGGCUUCCAGUGAAGAGUUUAAAAACUUUUCAAAAAUAGAUUUAAACAUCCUUUUUGACAUUUUUUGAUAAUUUGUUUUAUUGCUUCAUCUCCUUAAAACAGUGAUCCAUGUGUCAUACAUUUACUCCACGUUCUUUUGGACCGUAUUUGGGUAUGGUAUUUGAAGUACUGCAUCAUGCUGAAAAAUCUUUUGAGAGCAGUGAAAGGUUAAACAUUUUUCUAAUGAAUGCUGCAUAAUUAAUGAACUCAAAAGGCUCCAACAGUGAAUCAGAAAGCAAUCUUCUCCAUCCACUGAAAUGAUAGGAUUACGGGUUCUACUUUAAUUACUAGUGACAGGCCGGAAAUUCCUUCGUCAACAUUGACGCUGUAGUUGAUCAUUCCACUCAACCUUUAAAAUUCUCCUUAAUAUUUCAUGGAAGAGACUAUAUUUGCAAAUUUGCAGCAUUAUAUUAAGAUUGUCCUGUAAAUUGAGUUGGAACUGAUGGAGGUUGUCACCAAAUUCAUUUUCAGAAUCAAUGUACCACUUGUUCUUCAGAUGAUGGUGACGAUGGACUUGGAUAUUUUCUGAUGAUCACCCCCCUCUCUACUUGGAGGGAGCUAUUGUCUGCUCUCACAGCGUGGGAUUAGGUGGCCACUGUCUGUUAUCUAUUGACCAAUUAUCACCCUAAGCGAAUGGGUGCAAAACAGCAUUCCUUUGGAGUCAAGUUCUAUACACGUUUUCAUGCUCCUCAAUGGGAAAUUAAAAUGAGACAACAAUUGUUAAUAGGUAAAAGAAAGCACCAAAAUAUCCCCUGUCAAACUGUCAAAUAAAAUGCAAAAUAAUCAUUUAUGGAAUAUCAGAUUUCUUCACACAUGUAGAUAGGUGAACGUAUAUGGUGACGUUUGAGGUUUAAAAAAUGAAUUCGAUUUGUUUUGUUAAUGUUUAGAUCAACCUAACCAGCAAGUGUAUUAUUCACUAAGUCUAUUUAGGAACUGGUGCAGCUGAAUCCUAACCCUUCUGGUUUUGGUUCCCUGAGGUUUGCUGACCCCUGCUCUGUUGACAAGGCUGCAAAUUAGAGAUUACAUUCUGACCAAUUUUCUUUGAGAGUUGGCAAAAGAUGUUUUCUCUUCGUGGUAGUGAUGUUUGUUGAAUCUUGAGUUGGGUUGAUAUAGGUUAGCAAACGUGACUUUGCUUAGAAAAUUAAAAAUACAAUUACAGCAUGGCGCAGCAAAAUUUCCACAUUUUUCACUUUUUUAAAAUUUAAAUUUAAUUUAAAUACAAAAUAAAUUUCAAUUUAAUUUUAAUUUCCAGAGUUUUCACAAUCCAUGUGCAAAAAAACCUUAAAAUGUCAAUAGACUGAAAGGAUGAUUCUAAUUCUUUGCUUAUGCGGUUUAAAUUUCUAUAUUAUCAACAUUCCCUUUUGCUUGCAAUUUACUUCCAGCUAUUUUUGCUGGAUUAGUAUCUCAUCAAGAUGGAUUUGAAUUGUGCUGACAGUGAGGGAUUGUCAGGGUUUUUUGCCUCUUUAAUUCUCUCUUCCCCUUUUUACCACAAAGUAUAAGGUCCUCCAUUUAUAGCAACGUUUAAAAAAUGCAGAACGCAUAAGCAAUUUGCUAGGAAAUUGCUUAGUGGCUUCAUUUUAAAAAUUGCGAAUCUGCAGCAUAUGACCAGUGUAAGGUUUGGAAUGAGCUCGGUUGAUGUCACAAAGAGCAAAGGCUUUACUGGUUUAAUAUAGUGCUUAAUCCAUGAGCCCUGUCAUACCAGUUGUCUGCACAAGCAGUGUCCCAAGCAGGAAAGGAUAAAUGUGUGGAUUAAAGAAUCUACCCUUUCUAUCUGCAAGCUGACACACAAAGAGGAUCUUUCAUUUGGUCGUGGAUUGAGGCUUGGUAACAAGGUGCGUCAUUUUUUUGUUUCUUCUGAUGUUUCUUUGGAUUAAUAAUUCAAGCGGUACUUUGUAAUAGAAAACCUGCAGUUGUUUGGUUCUGGAGUCCCACUGGGGCUCAGGUGAAACCAGCCUGCUUUGUUUCAUGUUUUAUAACCAGAGGUCCCGCCUCUUUAACUAAGCUGAAGUCAUUUUAUUCCAAUGCCUGUCCCUAGCAAGCAUACAACUGUUGGCUGCUCUCAGAGCUGGGACUCUAGCGGAUGGUACAAAGACAACUGGGACAACAACAGCACAUACGACUGCCAGAGGCCUAGCAGGAGACGAGGUUCGCUGACCUACUCCAGCAACGGUGUCUACGACGGCAGUGAUAGCGUCAGAGUUCAUGGUCGCGACAUUGCAGGAGGGUAUGAACAUAAUUACGAACAUUACAGCCAUCCAGAUUCUGGGUUUGAUGAAGAUUAUCCCAGUCGGUAUGAUCACAGACUUGUGAGAAAAUCCUCUGAGUCCGAUCUCUCUUGCUCCCAUGAAAAGCAGGCCGUGAUGACCGGACGCAACUCGGUGCCUCCACAGGAUUACUAUGGUGAGCCUGGCGUGGCGCUUAGGCCAUCUGAAGAGGCACGGUUUUAUAGGGAUCAUAUGCUGAGCAGAUCAGCGCCGAAUUAUGGGAUGUCAAGUGGGAGAAUGUCUUGGGACCACUCACAGGGGAGGCCCCCUCCCCCUCCUGAGGUAAACCGAGUGUACCAUGAUCCUUCUGGUAAGCUGGUUCAUGACGGACAGAAAAUACGUAGCCGAGAUCCUUCUCCCGCCAGGUAUGGCGCUGAAACUCCUCUCCCUCGUUAUGGGGCUGAACCGCCACCUCUCUCUGGUAAGCAGAUGUACAGUGUUGCCUCUGGUCAGCCACUGGACUCCACCAGCACACGACAGAUUACUCCAACGUGCUUAGUCGUGGAUCCUGCCACUGGGUCUCGGUGUGAGAACAGCUUGGAUAGAAUGCUGUGUCCUGGCACGCUAAACCAAAGCCGUAGGCCAGGAGUGGCAACUCGAAUGAUGUCUGAUUACGGCACACACAGGGACGGUUUAAUUUCAAAGCCCAUUUAUGAUGGUUAUGACAACACCAUGCUGGCCCGCAGCCACCUUCCUGUGGGAAUCCCCGGGCAAGACAACAAAGCUGAGUUUCUGGCGCUGCUGCGCUCGGAGGGUUUAUCUGAGAGCACAAUUGCAAACCUGCUGCAGCAAGGCUUCGAUUCGACCAGCUUCCUGGCCAUGCUGGAGGAGAACGAUAUCAAGUCUGUGGCGCCGAACCUGGGUCAGGCCCGUUUGCUGUCGCGGCUCGCCCACAAUUGCAAGGUGGACAUGCAGCUGCGGCAGGAGCUGCAGAGCAGUGGCGGCCGCAUGAGAACGCGUUCAAACAGCUUCAGUCACAGGACCGAGCUAAUGCGUAAUGACUAUGGCGUUCCGGCAGGGGUGGUCCCUUCGAUGGAUAAUCCCACUGCUCAGCAGCUACCAAUGGCUUUGCAACCAAUGUCACCCAGGCUGGCCGAAGUGAGCCGCCGACCAUCCAGUGCCCCUUCCCAACAUCUCCUCGAAACUGCUAACUAUGGGUCCUCUGGGUCUGGGAGACUUGGGGGCCAUUUUCCAAGCGUGACAGGUUACAGCAGUCCCACCCCAAUGGGGCUGCAGAACCUCCGAUCAGGGCCUCUCUACCUCGCUCAGUCCGGAAUAGCAAUGAAUACACAGCAGGCCACUCCAAAUCCAGGGCCCAAGACUGCCUACUCGACUACUUACACUGUGCCCAUAGAACUGAUGACGAGGGAGCGCAGCUCAACUCAGUCUUUUAUGCACAGCCCGCACAACAGUCCUCGGAUUCUCCGAAAGCCAGGAACGCAGGUGGAGUCCACACUGGUACCUACAAGCUCAGCUUACCAGCUGGUGAACACUGCAAACCCAAAAGUGACCAGACGUACUGGACCUCCAGUCAUUGUCUCCACAAUGGCAUCACCUGAACCAAGUAUCCGUCCUCAAAUUAUGAAUGGACCAAUGCAUCCGCGCCCUCUGGUGGCACUGCUGGAUGGCAGAGACUGUACCGUGGAGAUGCCAAUCCUGAAGGACAUGGCAACUGUUGCUUUCUGUGACGCACAAUCUACUCAGGAGAUUCAUGAAAAGGUUUUAAAUGAAGCCGUAGGUGCAUUAAUGUACCACAAUAUUACCCUGACGAGAGAAGAUCUGGAAAAGUUCAAAGCCCUGCGAAUAAUUGUACGGAUAGGCAGUGGAUAUGACAACAUUGAUGUGAAGACUGCAGGAGAGCUCGGGAUUGCCGUGUGUAACAUCCCGGCUGCAGCUGUGGAGGAGACAGCCGAUUCCACUCUCUGUCACAUUCUUAACUUAUACCGACGGAACACGUGGCUGUAUCAGGCACUGCGUGAGGGGACCCGAGUACAGAGUGUCGAGCAGAUCAGAGAGGUGGCAUCAGGAGCUGCUAGAAUCCGGGGCGAAACACUUGGACUCAUCGGUUUUGGUCGCGUUGGCCAGGCUGUUGCUGUUCGAGCUAGAAUCUUUGGGUUUAAUAUCAUAUUUUACGAUCCGUAUUUGCCGGACGGAAUUGAGAGAGCACUGGGAGUUCAGCGCGUUUAUACUCUGCAGGACCUGCUGUACCAGAGUGACUGUGUCUCAUUGCACUGCAACCUGAACGAACAUAACCACCAUCUUAUUAAUGACUUCACCAUCAAACAGAUGCGACAGGGCGCGUUCUUGGUUAACACAGCACGAGGCGGAUUGGUCGAUGAGAAGGCAUUAGCUCAGGGCCUGAAAGAGGGAAGGAUACGAGGAGCUGCUCUUGAUGUCCAUGAGAGUGAACCUUUCAGUUUCACACAAGGCCCAUUGAAAGAUGCACCCAACUUGAUCUGCACACCACACACAUCCUGGUACAGUGAGCAAGCAUCCCUAGAGAUGAGAGAAGCAGCUGCCACUGAGAUUCGUAGAGCUAUUACAGGUCGAAUCCCAGAUAGUUUAAGAAACUGUGUAAAUAAGGAUUACUUUGUUACAACUGCUGCCUGGCCAACAAUGGACCAGCAGGCUGUCCACCCAGAGCUCAAUGGAGCCACCUACAGGUACCCUCCUGGUAUAGUAGGUGUACCGUCUGCUGGAAUCCCAGCGUCCAUGGAAGGAAUGGUUCCCGGUGGAGUGACCGUCUCCCACAACCUUCCCGCAGUAGUGCAUCCGUCACACACUCCAUCCCCCAGUCAGCCCACAAAACACGAAGGCGACAGAGAGCACAGCACUGAGCAAUAGCACAAUGCAGAGCUCAUCCAGUUUUAGGGUUGGGACCAAGAGACACCCAAAAUAUCAUUAUGAAAAUUGAAUAUUUAUAGGAUAUUUGAGACUUGAAACUCUUCUAGGAAUUUGUACUCUCUACAGCUACCAGCCUCGAGAAGUCAGUGUUAUCUAAGGAUGGGACUGAAAACUGCAUUAAACUCAAGAGAAUUCCCUCGACUCAACACAAACUAAGAAGUAUUUUACAAAGUGUGUUUUCCGAUGAAAUGUCCCUGUUGAUAAAUGUGUGUCACGUUUCUUCAUAUCUUUUAUCUGUUGAUCACAAGUUUUACUGGGUAGAUUUUUUCUUAUAAUUUGAAGUAAGUGUUCGAUAGGUGAUAAGAGAGAGUGAAAUGUGCUAUUGACAGAAAAUGGUAGCCUUAGGUGUGGAGUUUCAAUAAAAGUAGCUUGAAGCAUUUUCCUUCAUCUCAGGAACAAAAUCUUCUGUAUUAUUGGUUGGAAAGUUUGGCUUCAGAUCAUUUGUUCCUCAAAGUGUCUCCCAUUUCUUGAACAAAAACAAAACCCUCUAUGUCAUAAUCUUUUUUUCAGUAUAAGAACUCACCUCGUGCGGAUCAUGUGAAUCAAACAGGUUUAUUUUCAGAUACAUCAAUGCAGUUUCUUACCAGUGAGAAUGAUGCAGGAGACAAGAGCUGUAAUACUAGAUAUUGCAACUCGUCAUGACCUUGAGGGGUUGACGUGGUUACAGCAGAUUUUCUUUCCAUAUAAGAUUAAGCAGCUCACUUAGCUGUGAAAGUCAGAUGGAACAACAGAUUCAAAUUCUAAAAUCCUUUCCCAUUCACUCCUCUAACUGAUCCAGGUCAUAGCACUACCCACACAAAGCUUUUGUUCAUUUCUAAACUUUUCCACUAUCAAAGAUUUUCUUGGCACUCAACACACUGGACGUUAUCAAACUGUCGCCUGAUUUCACUUAAAAACAGCAGCUCAAGUUACAUAAACAGAUUUCAUUAAAGCUUAAUUUUUGUUUAAUGUUGUUUUCAGAUAACAAGUCUCUAGUGUUUUAUUUUAGUUAUAUUCAGUUGCUGAGUGAAAGACUAAUUGAGAUGAAUUUAGUAUUGCACAUUAUUAUAGUCCGAACUCCUGAUUCAAACCUUUACCUUUGCUAAUUGUGUUUAUCGUGAUUCUCCUCUGUUACUAUUUUAUAGGGUUCUAGCAAUCAUUUCUUGUAUGGAGUUUUUAAGAUUUUUUUUAAAUCAGGAAAAGCAAAUUGUCAAGUGAUUUCUUUGAAUCUAUGGAAAGCGCAUACCACUGCUGUGAGUUGGGGAGGGAAGAGAUGCUUGCUGUACCUGGAUAUUAAUCUACCCUUUUAAAAGAAGGGUUGUCAUAUGGAGAUCAAAAGUAUGCGUGUGUGAAAAACCUUGUUUAAACAUUCUUUUCAGCUUAAUGUGUUCUCAUUUAAACUAGAAAGCUCUUUAUUAACGUUUGUUAAAUUGUGUCAUAAACUUGCUGUUCAGUUGUUUAAAUGUGUGCUGCCAUGUUGGGUUAACAUUACUAGUGUUAAGCCUUUUUCACUUGAAACUUUUUUGGUAGCUGUGCAGUGACAGUUUCCAAUUGCAGGAAAAUCAUUUUUUUAAAGUCAGUCUUUCAAUUUCUAUAUUUCUUCAACAAUUUGUGUUAACAGUGAAAAAAUAUAAAGAAUUAAAACUAUUGCAAUUAUUGUUUG